GCCAGUCAGAUCAUUUCUGAGGAACAGAAACAGGGGAAAUGUGUUGGGAACGGUGUUGGUAUCGUGAAACUUUUAAAGAAUUGGCAGUGGCGUAUACAGUGAGAGUGUGUGUCUCGUUACUGAUAAGAACUGACAGUUAUAAAGUGAGCUUGCCGGAAGAUUUUCCUUUCAGCCAAUGCAGUCGUCCCAGAGCAAACAACAGAGGAGAAAUCCACAUUGAUUGGAGGCAGCUGACUCAAAGACAUGACCGAAGUUCACAUUAGUGACACAUUAUUCAACUGUUGUGGUGACCAAGCAUUUCUUUUCGAAAGGCCUUCAAAAUGGGGGAUUAUGCUCGCUAAAUCUCCGCGGUAAACAGCUUUGUGUGUAGUGUGUGUGAGUGAUUACCGGCGGUGAGUUUUCCGAUCCAGAACAGGUAAUUGCUUCUGACUCAUAUGAGACCUGCUGCUAUGCUGAUAAAGAACGACAGUGCGCACGCGCACAUUCGUCAGGAAAAUAAAAACAUGUUUUAUUUACAUAAACGACGAGGAAUUAUACAAUUUUGGAAUGGAAAAUACUUUUGCUUUUUCACUCUGAAACUUUAUUUAUUGUUUAUUUCUGUAUCGGGUUCAUUUUUCUUUUAGCUCUGGAGAAUGGAGCGGAGAGCCCGUGUAGCUGUGAUAGGAGCCGGGCCGGCGGGGCUUUGCGCAGCUCGACACAUUCUGUCCAGGCUCGAGGCAUUUGAUCCACCCGUGAUUUAUGAAAUGACAGAUCAUUUGGGUGGGACGUGGUACUAUGAGGAACGAGUGGGCAAAUAUGAGAAUGGGUAUCCUGUCCAGAGCAGUAUGUAUAGAGACCUCAGGACCAAUUUGCCUAAGGAGAUUAUGAUGUUCCCUGAUUUUCCUUUUGAUGACCGCCUGCCUUCUUUUAUGCACCAUUCAUCAGUUCAGCAGUAUUUGGAAAAAUAUUGUCAGAGAUAUGAUAUUGCUCGUCAUAUCAAGUUCAACACCGUGGUGGAAAAGGUGAAGCCCGUCUCCAUGGAGACGGAGACGGGGGGAGCUGUGACGUGGGAGGUAAUUUCGCGCAGCACAUGUGGAGAUCAGAAGACGCAGACGUUCGACUCGGUGUUCAUCUGCAACGGGCAUUACUCCGACCCCCACCUGCCCUACAUUCCUGGAAUAGAGCAUUUUAAAGGGAAAGUCUUACACAGUCACGCGUACCGCUAUCCAGAGCCCUUCGCCAACAAGUCCGUCGUGGUCUUGGGGGCCAGAGCAUCCGGUGUGGAUAUUUCCAUUGAGUUAGCCAAAGUUAAUGCUCAGGUGAUUCUAAGUCAUAACAGACCAACCAUAUCCUUACCCCCACCUCUGGGUAUCCGGCAGGCUAGCGCUGUUGUUGGGGUUUUGGAGGACGGAUCUUUACAGUUCCAGGACGGAUCAGUGACCCAGGCUGAUGUUCUUCUGUUCUGUACAGGAUACAAUUUCAACUUCCCUUUCCUUUGUCCAUCAGACCUGGGACUUGAUGUACAGGAUCUUUUUGUGACUCCACUCUACAAGUACUUGCUGCCCCCUGGCUUCCCUUCAAUUUUCUUUAUUGGAAUUUGCAAAAUUAUUUGCCCUUUCAUACAUUUUGACUGUCAGGUUAAGUUUGCUCUUGCUGUCCUGGAGGGCUCAGUAGAGCUACCCACUCAGGAAGAGAUGGAGAAGGAGGUGCAGAGAGAGGUCCAACGGAAACAAGACACGGGUGUGCAGAUGAAGCACCUGCUCAAUUUGGAAAACGAUCAGUGGGAUUAUUACCUGGAUCUGGCCAGGGUGGGCCGAUUCACACCCCCUCAGCCAGUGUUAGAGAGUCUGUUUAAAGAGGUUAGCAUACAGAGGCAGAAAGACCCACAGAAAUACAGACAGAUCAACUAUAGGCUCAUUGAUGCCACACAGUGGGAGCUUUUGGAAGCUCCAACAGAACAGACUGAUUAGUUUAGCUGCAGUCUGAGGAGAUUGAUACUGUUUUGCUUUCUUUUUUUAGGAAAAGAAAAUCUGUAGAAAUGGUGAAUGAAGAACAUACAUUUUUAGAGAUCAAAUAUAUAUAAUAUAUGUAUAGAGAGAAAGAUAGACAGAUAGAUAUUUAAUUUUUUCAUUUGUUAGCAUAAGAAAUUAUAUAUAUAAAACACAAUAAAAUGUAUAUAUAACUAUAUAGAUAGAUAGAUAGAUAGAUAAACUCUUAAUAAUACCUCUUAAACUAUUAAUAAUUAAAUUAGAGAUCAAAGUUUAUAUAUAUAUAUAUAUAUAUAUAUAUAUAUAUCG